AUGCGUCUUUCCCUCACCCAGAUCUCCCUCACGGCCGUCGUUGCUCUCUCGGUCCUGUUCUCUUCCUCGACCGUCACCGUCUCGGCCGCGCCUGCCAUCCGCCCCGUCAAGUACGAUGGCCACCGUGUCAUCCGCAUCAACAUCCAGAACCAAGCCCAGCUCGAUGCCCUGACUGCACACGAGGAAUCUCUCAAGCUCGACUACUUCACCCACUACAAGGUCGUUGGCGGCAACGUCGAUGUCCGCCUUGCCCCCGAGCACUUUGCCGAGUUCCAGACCCUCAACCUCGACUACAACGUUCAGAUCGACAACCUCCAGGCUACCAUCGACCAGGAAGCUCAAGAGAAUGAUGUCUACCAGGCGAAGUUCGACAAAGCCCGCAAGUCCAACGCCCGCAACCCCGGUCAGGUCUUUAUCGCCGCUGACUGGUUCGCUGGUUACCAUACCUAUGCUGAACAUCAGACCUGGUUGUCAACCCAGAUCUCGACCUACCCUACCAUCGCCUCGUCUUUCAGCGCCGGAAACUCCUUCCAGGGCCGUCCUCAGGCCGGUAUCAAGAUCGGAAGCGGUCCUAACCACGUUGUCUUCCACGGAACCCAGCAUUCACGCGAGUGGAUUACCACCAUGGUCACCGAAUGGUUGGCUGACCAGCUCCUCAAGGGAACCGACACCCGUGUUGCUGGAUACCUCAAGAAGUACACCUUCCACAUCAUUCCCAUUAUGAACCCCGAUGGCUUUGUUAUUACCCAGACCUCCAACCGUAUGCACCGCAAGAACGCCCAGGUCAACGGCGGCUGCAUCGGUACCGACACCAACCGCAACUGGGGCAAGGGUUGGGGUUCCCCUGGUGCUUCGACCAACCCCUGCGCUGACGACUACCGCGGCCCAUCUGCCUUCUCUUCCCCCGAGGCUUUGAACAUUGCCAACUACCUCAAGGCCCUCCCCAACGUCGCCCUGUACAUUGACAUCCACUCCUACUCGCAGCUCAUCAUGACUCCUUGGGGUUACUCGGCCACUCCUCCACCAAACUACAACAGCUUCUUGAAGCCAUUGGUCAAGGGAGCUGCCAAUGCCCUCGCUGCCGUCAACGGUGUCCAGUUCACCUCCGGCGAUAUCUACAACACCAUCUACCCCGCUUCCGGAAACAGUGCCGACUACGCCUACUCCAUUUCCGUAAAGGCACCUCUUGCCGUGGAGCUCCGCGAUACCGGUCGCUACGGAUUCCAGUUGCCCGCUAAUCAGAUUGUCCCCAGUGGAAAGGAGUUCUGGGCUGCCUUUGGCUACAUCCUCGACAACUUGGGAGUCUAA